AUGAGCGGCCGGGCCGGGCCCCCCUCGGCCCCCGGGCGCCCCCGCGGCUUCGCCAUCACCGACCUGCUGGGCCUGGCGCCCCCGGCCUCGCCCGCCGCGCCCCGCGCCCCGACGCCGGAUGAGGAGAGCCCAGCUGAAGACAGGAGUGACCUGAAAUCACGCCCCACUCUAGGCAAGAGGAAGAAACGGCGGCAUAGGACUGUUUUCACAGCCCAACAGUUGGAUGAGCUGGAGAAGGCAUUCAGUGAGGCCCAUUACCCUGACGUGUAUGCCCGAGAAACGUUGGCUGCGAAGACAGAGCUUCCUGAAGAUCGAAUCCAGGUCUGGUUUCAGAACCGACGGGCUAAGUGGCGCCAGCGGGAGAGGCGCUGGGGCGGCAGCACCCUGAUGGCCAAGUACGGGCUCUAUGGAGCUAUGGUGAGACACUGCAUCCCACUGCCGGACUCUGUGUUCGACUCCAUGAAGAGCGGCCUGCUUGACUCCUGUGCCCCGUGGCUCCUGGGUAUGCAUAAAAAGUCCACAACCUUGAUAAGGACACCAAGCGAAGAAAAGUUGGCAAGACUUUGGGGAACUGACCACUUCAAGGAGAGAUCUAGCCCAAAUCAGGUAGAACCCCAGAGAGGAUCUGGUGAAGCCAGCACUGGGAAAGGCUUAGAAGAUGUGGCCAUUGAUCUCUCCAGUUCUGCCCAUCAAGAGAGCAAGAAUAAGCAGUAG